UUUGCGUGUUUUCUCCCUCCAAUGCAAGGCCGCCAACUUAUGAUGACAUCCCAUCGUUAUCGCUGGCUGGUAUCACUCUGGUAAGAUACAAGCCGGAUACGGGAUCAGCCGCAGUCACUCUUGGUCCAUUGCGGGCAGAGAUCGUGUAUCGGCACCGUGUGGCGCGUAUGGAACUAAUCGCCCGCCCUGGACUCCUUCAGGGACCGAGACCGAAACAGUGAAGUGCUUAUCUCUCUCUCUCUCUCUCUCUGUCUAUUCACCAUCUCCAUCCACCCAGCUUCUCUCCCUCUUCCUCUCCCUCCCUCCCUUUCUAUUGCGUGGUUCGUUCCCUUUUUCCUGCAUUAACUCUGCCCAGUUCUGGUCCUUCCAUCCUUCGUGGCCCUUUCUUCCGACCAGACACAUAUCGUGCCAGUACCCCCCAUUUAGAUUUAGUACCUGAAACUCCGCAAGCAAUGCGUGUCUCACUCCGUCCGGAGCUUGUCUCCGAUCUGAAGGUCUGCAAUGUCCGCUGGUCCGUGCAAGGCAGUGAAUUCGACAAAUACCCAGCCAAGCAACAUGCGCGACGAGUCGCGACAAAGCUGGGGGUUUCCAGCGGCCUGAUCUACCUUGCCGGCACGCCAACCGUCAAUUGGGGUGACUCAGAUCAACCACAGACUUUUCGGCAACGACGCUAUUUCUACUACCUCAGCGGUGUCGAUGAGCCCGAUUGCUUCCUGACCUACGAUAUCCAGAAUGACCUGCUGAUUCUAUAUGUUCCCGACUUUGACUUGCACCGGGCAAUCUGGAUGGGGCCAACCUUGACCGUUGACGAGGCUCAGCGCCGGUUCGAUGUAGACAGAGUACGCUACUACGCCUCCCUCGACAGCGACAUCGCGGCCUGGGCUAGACAGUACAACGAAUCCGCCCCAGUGUAUGUGCUUCACACCUCUCAGCAGCCUGAGGUACCGGCCACCAAACUUCGAGUAGACGCUGAGCGUCUGCUUCCUGCGAUGGAUGCGGCUCGGGUGAUUAAAGACGGUCACGAAAUCCAAUUGAUUCGCCAAGCAAACAUUAUCUCCGGGCUGGCUCAUCGGAACGUGCUAGAACAAAUUCACAAAAUGACCAACGAGGCGCAGAUCGAAGGCCUGUUUCUGGACACUUGUGUGUCCCACGGUGCGAAGAACCAAGCGUACGAGAUCAUCGCCGGUUCGGGGCCCAACGCCGCCACACUUCACUACAUCAAGAACAACGAGCCUCUCAAGGGACGACAGCUGGUCUGUCUAGAUGCGGGGGCGGAAUGGGAGUGCUACGCGAGCGAUGUCACUCGCACGUUCCCUCUUGGUGCAGACUGGCCCAGCACAUACGCCCGCGACAUUUACCAAAUCGUAGAGGAAAUGCAAGAAGAAUGUAUCCGGCGCAUCAAACAGGGGGUGCGGUUCCGAGACUUACAGAUCCUUGCGCACGAGAUUGCCAUUAGGGGGUUGCAACGGCUUGGCGUACUCAAUUCUGGCACUGUAGAGGAGAUCCGACAGUCCGGGGCGUCGGCAGUCUUCUUCCCUCACGGACUGGGUCACCACGUAGGACUGGAAGUCCACGACGUCUCGGAGAAGCCCAUUACGGCCCAGGGCCAGCGGGGAAGACGCGACCUGGUGCCGCCCACUCGUCUUUCUUUCCCAGUGUUAGAGGAAGGCAUGGUGGUGACGGUCGAGCCCGGCAUUUAUUUUUCGCAGCUGGCGCUGGCUAACGCCCAGAAGCAGCCGCUCGCUCGAUACAUCAACUUUCUCGAAGCGGUGAAGUACAUCCCCAUCGGUGGGGUGCGGAUUGAGGACGACAUCCUGGUGACAAGAACGGGAUAUGAGAAUCUGACGACGGCGCCAAAGGGGGAGCAAAUGCUGAAGAUCAUCCGUCGCGGGAUCGACCAUUCGCUGUCGUAGCCUAGCUGGCUACUCCCUAGGUAGUUAGCCGGCCGUCAAUUCCAUCUUGACUGCUCCAGGAUGAGAGUAGACAGGUUUUCCGGAUGCUUGGCGGGGCUUUCAGUCCGUGUUUCACCCUCCCUGUGCGGCAGUCUAGACCUUGAGCAAGUGUGGAUCUUAUCCUCCAGUCAGCCAUAACUACCAUCAUGGAUGGAAGUUGAAGUGUAGGUAAGUAUUCCGUGGUGCUUGGGACUCAUCGAGGCCGUAGUCUGAAUCAAACUCAAAAGAACAUAGGUUACAAACUUCACCAGCAUGUCUCAGAGUUCUAUCCUUUCAGAACAUAUCCCUUCAUUAUACUUUGUACCUCACAUAGUCC